ACGUUUGCUGACGCCUCGGGAAUUUAUCUGCUUGUAGUUGGGCACCUCAAAUAACCGCCUUUCAUCCGGCUAAGAGGCGUUUUUUCCUCAUCCGCUAUAGCCAGCGCGCUUCCUCGCUUUUAACCCGUUUGCGCUCUUUACCGGGAAACCCCUUCUUGGGAUACAAGGCUCGUUAGCCCACCUCUUUGUCUGGGUUUCUGCUCCAGGUGCUGUGGGAACGUCUCUUUUUUCGGUUGUUUCUUGUCAUUUAGUAGUUGCAGAGCCUCCGUAGGCAUGGCCACCUUGGGUUUGCAUUUUGCCUGCGCCUUGUCCAGCUUGGUGAAGGCUGAGUGCUCUACAAGAACGUAUGUUUUAAGUAGUAGCGGUGAUGAUGAGCGUUGUCAGCUUCGUCUUUUAUUAAUCUCUUUGAUGCUCCCAAAUUCAUUAGUUCCAUUUUUCCUGUGGUCUGUAAAACGCCGGGCUUCAUUCUUUUCUCAUUUGCGUUGAAGUAAAUGAUCAACUCCACUGAAGUAGCAAAAUGCCAACUGGUGAACAGGGGCAUAAGUGAGAAGAGAAUUAGCAUCUGUCUGGACUUCGUAGCUCAAAUGGUGAACUUUUGGUUCUUCACUGGAUGAAAGUGCUGUCGCCAAAGCACGUCGGGCUUGAUUCUCUUUUCGGGCUUCCUGCGCCAACGGGCGGUGACGUUUUUUUCUACGUGAAGCACAGGUUUCAGUAUACUCGUUGCCGCGAGGCCACGGCUUUACGGAGCCGUGCAGGUCAGCACUCCUUGACCUGAAAGGCGCUUUGGCCUUUACGCUUGUUAUUUAAAGCAAUUUUUACCACCUUUCGUACUGGUAGCUGAUUUUUGUGGGCCCUUGAGGCGUGUUGGGGCUGAAGAGGUGGGUCCGCAGCAGCCUUCACUCUUGUAUGGUAGUGCCGCGCACGAGCUGCUGGAGAAACUACUUUUGUGCCUGUUGUUUAAGGGUGCCCAUCUUGUGUCGUAACCCAGCGUUUCACUUGGCUGGUCAGUAGCUGGUUCACUGCUUGGCAGCACCGCUCGGGCGGGAGCGGAGAGUCUUCACCUCGGCUCAGCACAGGCGCCUGUGUUGUUCUCGUAGUAAGCAGCUCCUCGCGCUGACCUAGUUCUGUGGUAUAUUUUCAAGGAGGCAAGAUAUAAACCAUUUAUUCCUUAAACUUAAACUCCACCUGUCAGAAACUUAAAUGGGAGUCAUCUUAAAGCGUGAUUCAAGACAAGUGUCUCACCAGUAACACUGAUGCUGGAGGGGAGAACCCAAGUUGCUUGAGGGUUUUGCUACUUUAAUAUUUAAAAAACAAAUGUAAAUGGCAGCUAGCAGGUUAGUUGCGCAGAGAAGCGCUGCUUUUAUUGGGGAGCAAUCUGCUCCACCCGCCCAGAGUAGUACAGUAGAAGCAAACCUCGUGAACAGCGACGAAGAGCUCUGCUGACCUGCCCGGUCUUGGAGCUUCCCUGUCAAGCUUCGCUUGGGGCUUCUCGUGCCCAGCUAGCAGCAGAAAAACCUCGGCGGUGGGUGAGGGCUUGAAAUGAGGCUGGCCUCUCUGUUCCCUGGCUGCAGGAGAGAUUUCCACGUCUUGGAAGACUUGGAUGAUCAUGGGAACAGCAAUGGCAGUCAUGUAAAAAUCUUUUUACCGAAGAAGCUGCUUGAAUGUCUACCAAAAUGUUCAAGUUUACCGAAAGAGAGGCACCGCUGGAACACUAAUGAGGAAAUUGCAGCUUAUUUAAUAACGUUUGAAAAGCAUGAAGAAUGGCUAACAACUUCCCCUAAAACAAGACCGCAGAAUGGUUCUAUGAUCCUGUACAAUAGGAAGAAGGUGAAAUACAGGAAAGAUGGAUAUUGCUGGAAAAAAAGGAAAGAUGGGAAAACCACCCGAGAGGAUCACAUGAAACUGAAGGUCCAAGGAGUGGAGUGCUUGUACGGCUGCUACGUCCAUUCCUCCAUCAUCCCCACGUUUCACAGAAGGUGCUACUGGCUUCUGCAGAACCCAGACAUCGUGUUGGUGCACUACCUGAACGUCCCUGCCAUCGAGGACUGUGGGAAACCGUGCGGCCCCAUCUUGUGCUCAAUAAACACAGACAAGAAGGAAUGGGCAAAGUGGACAAAAGAGGAACUCAUCGGACAGCUCAAACCGAUGUUUCAUGGCAUUAAGUGGACGUGCAGCAAUGGAAACAGCAGUUCAGGGUUCUCGGUGGAACAGCUCGUGCAGCAGAUCCUCGAUAGUCACCAGACCAAACCGCAGCCUCGGACACACAACUGUCUCUGCACUGGUACCUUGGGGGCAGGAAGCAGUGUGCAUCACAAGUGUAACAGUGCCAAACAUCGCAUCAUAUCACCAAAGGUCGAACCAAGGACAGGUGGGUACAGCACUCAUUCAGAGGUACAAAAUAACGAUGUCUCUGAAGGCAAGAAUGAGCACAGUCACGGCAAGGCCUCCAGCCGAGAGAAGAGGAACGGUAAAGUGGCGAAACCGGUGUUGCUCCAUCAAAACAGCACUGAGGUUUCUUCCACCAACCAGGUGGAGGUCCCUGACACGACCCAGAAUUCUCCUGUGUCCAUCAGCAGUGGAUUAAAUAGCGACCCGGAUAUGGCAGAUAGCCCAGCCGUCACUGGUGUGUCCAGUAUGGCUGUAGCAUCAGUUAUGGGAAGUUUGUCACAAAGUGCCACCGUAUUUAUGUCAGAAGUCACCAGUGAAGCUGUGUAUACCAUGUCACCCACCUCCGGCCCAAAUCAGCACCUUCUGUCCUCAGAUGCAGCUGCACAAGGACUGGUACUUGCUGUGAGUUCAGAUGGACACAAAUUUGCUUUUCCAACAACCGGCAGUUCGGAGAGCUUGUCGAUGCUACCCAGCACUGUCUCUGAGGAACUUGUGCUCUCCACAACUUUAGAUGGAAAUAGAAAAAUUCCAGAAACCACCAUGAAUUUUGACCCAGACUGUUUUCUUAACAAUCCCAAGCAAGGGCAGACUUAUGGUGGAGGCGGUAUGAAAAGUGACAGCAUCAGUACCAACAUAAGGCAGUCACCCACAACGGAACGUAGCUUCAACUUCAAUACAACCCUCACAAAAGAAAUUAAAACUGAGGACACCUCUUUCGAACAACAGAUGUCCAAAGAAGCAUUUUCCUCCACUUCUGCAUCUAACACUCUCACCCUCACUACUGGUUCAGGUUUGCUUCCAUCUGGAGGAGGUCUGAGCCCAAGUACCACCCUGGAGCAGAUGGACUUCAGUGCCAUUGACUCCAAUAAGGACUAUUCUUCCAGCUUCAAUCAGACCGUCCAGAGCCCUCAUGUUCAUCAGACCCCUUCCCCCAGCUUCUUUCUGCAGGAUGCCAGCAAACCUCUUCCCCUUGAGCAAAACACUCACAACAAUUUGAAUGACACAAGUGGCUCAUUUGUGAACACGUUAGGAAUCCCCAGUGUGAAAACAGAGUCCUCAUCCCAAACCACUUCCAACUGUAACGGCACAGUAGAAACCAGAAUAGAGUCCACCUCUUCUCUCCAGCUCAUGCAGUUCCAAGCAAACUUCCAGGCUAUGACUGCAGAAGCUGAAGUUCCCAUGGAGACCUCCCAGCAGGCAGAAGGGAACGAAAAUCUACUUAAAUCAGGGGAUCUUCAAGCCUGCAGCACAGAACACUACUUGCAGCCCGAGGCCAAUGGGGGUAUCAGGAAUGGGAACAAUCUCCCUAUUCUCCAAGGAAACAUGGUACAGGGACUCUAUCCUGUGGCCCAUCCCAGCUUAAAUAACUCCUCCAACAUGGAGCUUAACUUGGACCACUUUGACAUCUCCUUCAGCAACCAGUUUUCUGAUCUGAUUAAUGAUUUCAUUUCGGUAGAAGGUGGGAGCAAUGCUCUCUAUGGACACCAGCUGGUGUCAAGUGACAGUGCCGGACUGUCUCAGCCUGAAGACAGUAACAGAGCAACCUACAACCAGGCUGAAAUGUGCAUUCCUUGCUGCAGUCCUCAGCAAGCCAACAUGCAGCUCAGCAGCACAGAGAAUGGAGCCAGCACGAUGGCAUACAUGCAUGUGGCUGAGGUGGUCUCAGCAGCUACGGCACAAGGCACUCUGGGGUUGCUACAGCAGAGUGGGCGCUUAUUCAUGGUGACAGAUUAUUCACCAGAAUGGUCCUACCCUGAGGGAGGAGUAAAAGUCCUAAUUACUGGUCCAUGGCAGGAAGCCAGCAAUAAUUACAGCUGUCUGUUUGAUCAGAUCUCAGUGCCUGCAUCUUUAAUUCAGCCAGGGGUACUGCGCUGCUACUGCCCAGCUCAUGACACUGGGCUUGUGACUUUGCAAGUUGCCUUCAACAAUCAGAUCAUCUCCAAUUCUGUGGUGUUUGAAUACAAAGCCAGAGCUCUGCCAACCCUGCCUUCCUCCCAGCAUGACUGGCUGUCCUUGGAUGAUAACCAGUUCAGGAUGUCAAUAUUGGAGCGACUUGAGCAGAUGGAGAGGAGAAUGGCUGAAAUGACAGGCUCCCAGCAGCACAAACAAGGAGUAGGAGGCGGGAGCAAUGGGAGUGGGAAUGGAGGAACUCAGGUGCAGUGCGUUUCUGGGACUGGGACACUGGGCAGCUGCUUUGAGAGCCGCGUGGUGGUGGUGUGCGAGAAGAUGAUGAGUCGUGCUUGCUGGGCAAAGUCCAAACACUUGAUCCAUUCAAAGACUUUCCGAGGAAUGACACUGCUCCACCUAGCCGCUGCCCAGGGCUAUGCUACACUGAUCCAGACCCUCAUCAAAUGGCGCACCAAACAUGCAGACAGCAUCGAUCUGGAGCUGGAAGUUGACCCUUUGAAUGUGGAUCAUUUCUCCUGCACUCCUCUGAUGUGGGCAUGCGCUCUGGGCCACAUGGAUGCAGCCGUUGUGCUGUACAAGUGGGACCGCCGAGCCAUCUCUAUUCCUGACUCCCUUGGGAGAUUGCCACUGGCCAUCGCCCGGUCUCGGGGCCACGUGAAGUUGGCGGAGUGCUUGGAGCAGCUACAGCGAGAUGAGCAAACUCAGCUUGGGCAAAACCCCAGGAUUCAGUGCCCCUCGAGCACAGACUCCAACACAGAGAACUGGGUGUCCCAGUGGCACAGUGAGCUUAUUGCCCCUCAGGAGCCUCAGAAGGGAGUCACUGUGAUUUCCAGUACAAACACAGAGCUGAGACGACCAAGAUCAGAACCUUCCAGUUACUACAGUAGUGAGACUCAGAAAGAUUACCCUGCACCCAAAAAACAUAAGCUGAGCCCUGAAUAUUUUCAAGCCCGGCAAGAGAAGCUGCUUUCCACUGCACUCAGCCUGGAACAGCCGAGCAUCAGGAAGCAGAACUCCAGCUCCAAGCAAUCCGCCACUGAGACAAUCAGCCCCAGUGAAGGGAUAAGGGACUAUGGCCGGGAGCUCUCCCAGCACAUCCCAGAAGUUACUGGGUACCGGGGUUCUGGCAGCCAAGCAGGCAUCAAAUGGAACCCAAAAGACAUUUAUAUUGGUGUGUCUGCAGUGCAGGUGGCAGGGAGCCAGAAGGGGGCUGCGCUGGGGAAGGACACUGUAGCCCAUCGGCUACGCCAGCGAGAGCAGAUGAACGUGCUGAUGAUGGCUGACAGGGAGAUGGUGGAUGCAGAGCUCUUGUCCUAUAGGGACAAUGCAGGGGAUGAGGACUGCUUACACCACAUGGAUGACUUGCAGGUGAACAUGAUGACACUUGCGGAGCACAUUAUCGAAGCUACGCCUGACAGGAUCAAGCGGGAGAAUUUUGUGCCAAUGGAGUCACCGCUGGUGGAGAGAACGGACAGUGCUGCCAUGAGCACCACAAUGAGCUGGCUGGCCAGUUACCUUGCUGAUGUCGAUCAUCUGCCGAGUGCUGCACAGAUAAGAAGUCUGUAUAGUGAACCCCUGACCCCUUCUUCGAACACCAGCUUGAGCCCAGCAGGCUCACCAAUCAGUGAAAUAGCUUUUGAGAAACCCAGCCUUCCCUCGGCAGCAGAUUGGUCUGAAUUUCUGAGUGCAUCCACCAGCGAGAAGGUAGAAAAUGAGUUUGCACAGUUAACUCUGUCUGAUCAUGAGCAGAGAGAACUCUAUGAAGCUGCCAAACUCGUCCAGACAGUGUUCAGGAAAUACAAGGGUCGUCCUCUCCGGGAACAGCAAGAGGUGGCUGCUGCUGUUAUUCAGCGUUGCUACCGAAAAUACAAACAGCUUACUUGGAUAGCCUUGAAGUAUGCACUUUAUAAAAAGAUGACGCAAGCUGCCAUUCUUAUCCAGAGCAAAUUCCGAAGUUAUUAUGAGCAGAAAAAAUUCCAGCAGAGCCGACGAGCUGCGAUGCUGAUCCAGCAGUACUAUCGCAGCUACAAAGAAUGUGGGAAGAGGAGGCAAAACCGUCGGGCAGCCACCAUUGUACAACAGAAACUCAGAAGCAGUCUGCUUACCAAGAAGCAGGAUCAAGCUGCUCGCAAGAUAAUGCGGUUUUUACGACGCUGCCGCCACAGCCCACUGGUGGACCAUAGGCUGUACAAAAGGGGGCUGAAUGUAUUUGGAGCUCAAAUGUGGGUGUUAAGUCGCAGACCGCGUGCUCUGGGGUGUCAUUCUUAUUGGGCCUUUCUGUCUUUUUUGUUUUGCUGCCCAAAUGAGAUAUCUGGAAAAAGGCAAGAGCUCUCUUUUCCUAAAUGUCCCACAGGCCAUUUCAGCUCUCAGAGCAACAGAGUGAAAGAAUUGAAAAAGGCCAAGGAACUUGAAGAUACGCAGCAGCAUCCCGUAGCAAUGUGACAUUGCUUUUCAGACUGUUUUCAUUUUCUGUUUUUAGCAGAGACAUGCAACAACAACAACAAAAAUACCCACUGCAGUUCUGGAAAUACCAGCUGCAGGAUUUUAACAGUAAUGUUUUGGUCAUUGCAUUUGCACUUUCAUGGACAACUUUUAAUUUGUUCAGCAAGACAUCUUGGAACUCAAUCUUCUGUUGGAUCAUGGGGAAAACAAAAGACACCAGGAGGAAAUUGUGAGUUGCUUCAUUCUCCGAGAAGGAAGAAGCGAUUAAUUAUCCUUUUCAUAUAGGGCUGUAUUAAACAACAUGUGGAACUGUACAAAUAUUAUACCAAAAAUAUUGUUAAGAAAAGGUGGGAAUGCACAAGCAACACAAGAAUGCUGUUCCUGCACCUGUCAGUCAUCUCCAAGAAACUGAAGCUUUGAGAGUCUCAGUGGAGGGGCUUAGAUCAGUACAUCUUUAUUGGGUCCAUGCAUCCUCAUUUCCUUCGCACUUCUGUCCUUUGUGUUUUAUUUAAAUCUCUACAGCACACUUAAUGCAACUUUUUAAAUCUGCAGGUUUUUAAUACAUCCCGUGGGAACUUACAGAAGGGGUUGGUGUAUGAGAUAAACGGGUAAUGCAUGAGGAAUGGAGAGAGCAGCUUAAGCAAGUUUUAAAAAGUUUUUUUGGUAUUUUUACUAGAACCUGCAAACAUAUCAAUUGUCAUGUACUUUCUCUCAUAUUCAGCACUUUAUUUUCUAGCCUUACUUUCAUGUACUAUUAUUUGAAUUAAGUUCGAAAAAUAAUUUGUAAAACAUGUAGCUUUUUAUCUUAAGUACUUGUCAAACCUCUUGUCAUUCUGCAGAGUCACAUACAUAUGUUGCCUGGACAUUUUAUACCACCUAAAGAUCAGAGUGGUGCUGCAUUCUGGCCAGUAAAUUUCUUAUUUUGGCUACUUCAUCAAAAUCUGGGCAGUUUCUGUAUAUAUAGAAGGUAGAAAUGGAAAAUGAGAAAAAAUAUUUGAAAGGGAAUAUAUUGAUUAAUUACUAAAUAUUUUAUUCACAAAGGGUCAAUAACUUGGCAAGAUAAAAUUAUUAUUUGUAUAGUUUUGUCUGAAUGAACGAGAAGAGUGUGGAUGUAUUGUUUGUACAUAUUGUAUAUAUUAAAACAAAGAGAUAUGUGCAUGAACUCAAGAAAAAGAAAUGAACAAAGCAAAGCAUUAGUGGCUAUGGUCUGUAAAAUGAAACAAAAACUUUAUUUCACUAUAAGAAACUUUAUUUUAAAUGUUCUUUAGAAGAACAUUUUUGCUAAAGCAUGACUAAAUGGCAAAAAAGAGCUACUGUAUUUAGACUUAGGAAAAAAAGGCAGAGCAACAUUACUUUAAAAAAAAAAAAAAAAGAAAAAAAAAGAAUAUGUUUACAUUUGAUUUUGGCUACCAGGAGUUCGGUUUGGUUGGAUUUUAUUUAUUUAUUCCUUCCUUCUUUUUUUUCCCCGUCUUUCUUUUUUUUUUUUUUGCCAAUGGUGCCAAGUAAUGUGAAUGCUAAUAUUGCUUAAGAAAAUUAAGUUACUUUUGCAAAGCAGAUAAUCAUAAGAGUACAAAAACCGUAUCUAGCUUAACACCAUACACUCACUCCAAUAAAGAACACGUAGAAUGAACAUAAAAUGAAAAAAAAAAAAAAAAAAGAAAUAGUACGAAAGUAGAAAAUAUGUUUCACAUUUUCAUAUCUCCUGCUGGAAGUCAGAAAAUGUAAUAAAAAUUGCACAAAAAAUUUUAAAAAAUUCAGUAAAACUUAAAAAAAGAUGCAAACUGAUCUUGUAGGGGUGUCAUGGUAUAUUGCUAUUUCCACAUAGUGAGGAGCCAAAGAAAUUAGAUUUUUUUAAAUUGAACUACUAAUUUAAAACUGUCACAAAUUCUCGACAAUGGGAACCAGGUUCUGAUCUUUAUUACACAGGAAUGUAAGGGAAGAAACUCCUGAAGUCCGUGUCGUUACUGUGGGUUAUGUACGUGUGUCUGAGAUCAGAAACUGCUCCUCUGUGUUUGUUUUGCUUGUGGCAGUUUAAAAUCUCUGAAUGGACUGGUGUAAAUUUGAGAUUGUUAGUUUUGGAAUAGUUGUUCUUGCUUGAUCCCGGCCACCAACUGCAAUGUUUAAACGCAAGGCUUGUUGUGAAGCCUAAAAAUAUUCACACAUAAGAAGCUUUUAAACUGGUGUCUUUAAAAGAAGAGUAAAAACAAAGAUUGUGGCAAAAAAAACUGGGGUCAGUGCUCUUGGUGCCUUUUCUAUAAUUGUACCUGUUUUUAAUUACUUCUUUUCACUGCCAGCAUUGAAUUACAGUAGAUGUGCUAUAGCUCAUUAUCAGAAUUCUCUUGUACAUUUCUGAACUGCUGCUUUAUGACCUGAUUCAAUUUAAAAAAAGGGAAAAAAGAAAAACGAACGGUCUGGCGCUCACACUGUGCCUGUGGGCAGCCUCUUAGCCUCCAUUUACAGUAUGGAAUUGGGACCUUAACCGUUAAAUUUUCUGCUUGCGCAAAAACGGAACAGGAGACGCCGAAGAAUCUCCUUUGGAAUGAAUUGGAAAUGCUCUGUAUUAAUACUGGAAGAACUCUGACAUUUUGAAACUGAAAUGUUGCUCCCAUUAACCAAUACGUGACAAUAUAGAAUCGACCUUUUCCUAACAAGAGUAGUGACCUCAGUGGAAAUGUUUUAACUCCCUGUCUUUACAGAAAAUGAUUCAGUAAUAUACAGAGCUAUUUCAAAUUACUCUUCCAGAUCCAUGGGCCUGGUGGUGUAUCUACUAAUCUAGAUCCUGCUUCAGCCAAACGUUUAAGCGUGUACUUGCUGUUAAACAUGCAAGCGAUUCCACGGGCGCAACAGAACUACUUGCAUGCUUGAAGCCAAGUACAGCUUCCAAGUGCUUUGUUGUGUCGGGCCAUAACCCUUCAGUGUAUCACUGGGGAGUUAGAAAGACUCCCCCCGCAGUGAAGUGAUUCUGCUCACCCGUUUCUUGGUUGUGGAACUUACAUUGUCACGGAAGAUAAGUAAGUGCAGCUUUCCGGGAAAAUUCAAAUUCCCAAGUGCCAGGAGCCAGAUCUUCUGUCUUCUGAUAAUGGAAUUGCUCCUUUGUGAAACACAUUCGACAGCAGUAAUACUGUGUGAAAGAAAUACAGAAUAUAACAUGAACCCCCUCUCUGGUUGCACGCUUAUGGCAGUUCCACACAAUAGCUGGUGCCCAAUGGGGGGUCCCCAAGACUUGCAUGUAAAACUAGUAUAGAUGUCUUCUCUUUUGUAAGUUUUAUUUUUGUAACCGUGCAUGUAAAGCAUCACUGAAUCAAUGGAUCUGUUGAAGAACUCAGCUGCUGGAACCAUGCAAAAUGUUUUGAAUUGCCCUUAAAAUAUGGAAAAUGUUUUCUGAAUGCUUUAUAUUCUUUCUGCUGUAAAUUAAAAACAAAGAAAAUUUCCCCA